GAAAAAAGCACAAAGCAGCAACCCCAUACAAGCCUGAAAUCCACUCAGCACUGUCAAGUGUCAAGUCUCCGCGUUCACUAAUCCAACCGACGACAAUGUCGCUCGUGAGGCGCAGCAACAUCUUCGACCCCUUCGCCGACUUCUGGGACCCCUUCGACGGCGUCUUCCGCUCCCUCGUCGUCCCGUCUGUCGCCUCGUCGGGGCGCGACACCGCUGCCUUCGCCAACGCGCGCAUCGACUGGAAGGAGAUGCCUGAGGCGCACGUGUUCAAGGCCGACCUCCCCGGCGUGAAGAAGGAGGAGGUCAAGGUGGAGGUGGAGGACGGCAACGUGCUCGUCAUCAGCGGCGAGCGCAGCAAGGAGAAAGAGGACAAGAACGACAAGUGGCACCGCGUCGAGCGCAGCAGCGGCAAGUUCAUGAGGCGGUUCCGCCUGCCGGAGAACGCCAAGACGGACCAGGUGAACGCCGGCCUCGAGAACGGCGUGCUUACCGUCACCGUGCCCAAGGCCGAGGUCAAGAAACCUGAGGUGAAGACCAUUGAGAUUUCUGGUUGAGCGACCAUAUAUGGGCGCUGGAUGAUGAAGAUGUGGCGGGAAGCGUGAUGCUGUUUUCGGUCGGUUGAUGAUGUGUGUCAGAUGGUUUGCUGCAAGUGAAGUCUAUUGCCUGUCCACGUAUUUCUCUUACCUUGUUGGUUGAAUAAUCUGUAAUCAGUGUUCUGCAUGUGUAAUUGUCUUGAGACUUUAUAAAAGUAAAUAAAGCAUCUUCUGUACCUUUCCAGAAAA